AUGAAGGGGGUGAAGGGUGUUCCCAUGGAGAGAGAUGGAUUGGCUGAGGAUGAAGAAGGUGAAGUAAUGAAGGGGGUGAAGGGUGUUCCCUGGGAGAGAGAUGGAUUGGCUGGGGAUGAAGAAGGUGAUGGAAUGAAGAAGGUGAAGGGUGUUCCCCGGGAGAGAGAUGGAUUGGCUGGGAAUGAACAAGGUGAAGGAAUGAAGGGGGUGAAGGGUGUUCCCUGGGAGAGAGAUGGAGUGGCUGGGGAUGAAGAAGGUGAAGGAAUGAAGGGGGUGAAGGGUGUUCCCAUGGAGAGAGAUGGAUUGGCUGGGGAUGAAGAAGGAAUGAAGGGGGUGAAGGGUGUGUCCCGGGAGAGAGAUGGAUUGGCUGGGGAUGAAGAAGGUGAAGGAAUGAAGGGGGUGAAGGGUGUGCCCCGGGAGAGAGAUGGAUUGGCUGAGGAUGAAGAAGGUGAAGGAACCAAGGAAGUGAAGAAUGUUCCCAUGGAGAGAGAUGGAUUGGCUGGGGAUGAAGAAGGUGACGGAAUGAAGGGGGUGAAGGUUGUUCUCCGGGAGAGAGAUGGAUUGGCUGGGGAUGAAGAAGGUGAAGGAAUGAAGGGGGUGAAGGGUGUUCCCAUGGAGAGAGAUGGAUUGGCGGGGGAUGAACAAGGUGAAGGAAUGAAGGGGGUGAAGGGUGUUCCCAUGGAGAGAGAUGGAUUGGCUGGGGAUGAAGAAGGUGAAGGAAUGAAGGGGGUGAAGGGUGUUCCCAUGGAGAGAGAUGGAUUGGCUGGGGAUGAAGAAGGUGAAGGAAUGAAGGGGGUGAAGGGUGUUCCCAUGGAGAGAGAUGGAUUGGCUGGGGAUGAAGAAGGUGAUGGAAUGAAGAAGGUGAAGGGUGUUCCCCGGGAGAGAGAUGGAUUGGCUGGGGAUGAACAAGGUGAAGGAAUGAAGGGGGUGAAGGGUGUUCCCUAG